AUGUCCUCGGUAGAGUAUCAUACCAUCCUUAAAUACUGGCUUAUGAUUUUCUUAUUUCGUGUUGAUGAGAAAGAGGUCCCUGUGAAUUUCUUGAAAGAUCCACUAGAUGGGAGAUCGACUCUUAAGCCAACAGAUCUUCUGAUGUAUGAGUGGGUAGGAGAGAAACAUGCAUGUUUAGACUUGACCGGAGUUUCCCCGCUGGUGGGACUAAGGACUGGUGGUUUCAAUGUGGAACAGGUAACUCUCAAAGCCGCUUCAAGUAAUAUGGUAAAGCAUGAGAAAACAUGUUCUAACAAUAAAAAAGAUUUCAUACCAUUUGUCUUUGAUACUUUUGGUUUUCUAGCACCAGAAACGAUAGAUCUUUUAUAG